GCUACUGUCAACUAGGUGUGUCUGUGUGUUGGUGAAAGCUGUCGUUCUGUCCACCUUUCUCGUCAGUCGAUAUUUCGUGACAGUGGAAAAUUUGCAAGCGCUCCUUGAAAAGUUAAAAAACAGUCUAAUUAAAUGCUUCACUAGCACCAAAUGUGUGAAAAAACCUUUAUUUUUACGUGAGCUGAUCAAAAACCGAAUGUUGAAAGCUAGAAACGUGUGGGUUUUUCCUUAACUGCACGAUAUUAUGGGCCAUCUGAACAAGCAGUAGACAGUCUGAAGCGACGUCAGAAGAGCCGAAGGGCGACGAAUAUAAGUUGAAAAAUUAAACUUGUGCCACAGAGCCAGUUGUGUCUGGUUGCAUCAAAUACUUCACCGCAUAACACAUUUUCUAAAGAAAUGGGUCGCAAAAAGAAGAAGGCAUCAAAGCCCUGGUGUUGGUACUGCAACAGAGAAUUCGACGAUGAGAAAAUUCUAGUGCAACAUCAGAAAGCUAAGCAUUUUAAAUGCCACAUUUGCCACAAAAAGCUUUACACAGGUCCGGGGCUUUCGAUACACUGUAUGCAGGUGCAUAAGGAAUCGAUUGACAAGGUCCCAAAUUCGCUUCCCAAUCGGUCGAACAUAGUGAUCGAAAUUUAUGGUAUGGAAGGUAUCCCUCCGGAGGACAUCCGUGAUCAUGAAAAACAGAAGAACGGGAAUCGGUCAGAGUCGGAAGAAGAAGAACCCGCACACAAGAAAAUGAAACAACCCGAGGCGUCAGUACCGCAGGGAUUAAUGCAGAUUCAAAAUAUGAUGCCACCGCAUUUGCAGGCAGCCUACGGCAUCAACCCAAUGAUGAGUGCGAUGGGAGGCAUGAAUCCGUACAUGGUACCACCCGGGAUGCAAAUGAUGCCCACGAUGAUGGCAACCGCUCCAAGGCCACUGUUUCCAGCGGCAGCAGCUGCGAGUGCGGCUACCGUAUCGACUACUUCAAAACCAACAUUUCCUGCAUACAGCUCUGCCACGAUAAGUGCCCCGCCAACAACCAAUAGUGCUAUUUCUGCGGCGGCAGCCAGUAAUAACAGCAAUAAUGGGUUAGGUGGUGAUGCAACGAAGGCCGCAUCUUCUACAGUAAUACCCAACUCAGGCACCGCAACGUCCAAAAUUGUACAUCCUCCGGAGGACCUUAGCUUAGAGGAAUUACGAGCACGGAAGCCUCAGUAUCAAAAGCAAAUUCAGCAAGCUACUCAGCAAAUGCUGCAGCAAAAACAGCACGAAAAGCAAAAGGCACAGGUGGCGGCUGCAGUUGCAGCGGCUCAUCAGCACCUACAGGCACAGGUGCAGGCCCAAGCGCAACUGAAGCAGCACCAGCAGCAUCAGCAGCAACAGCAGCAACAGCAACAACAACAGCAGCAACAACAACAGCACCAGCAACAACAAGCCCAGCUUCAGCAAUUGUCGCCUUUUUCAUCUGCAGCUGGCACCGCACCGAUCGUUUCCAACACCCAAACGACCGCCGUGAUGAAAGACAAUCGGAUGAUGUCGCCGCAUGAGCAAGCCGCUGUGAUAGCGCAUGCUCAUGCCGCUGCGGCCAACCAUCACAAACAGAUCGAGGAAUUGAAUCGUGCAGCUAUGAUUCAACGAUUUCAGGCAGCAAACGCAGCUGCGGCGAAUGCUGCAGCAGCUGCCGCCAGUCGACCGGGAAUGCCACUAGGAAUGGUUCCAGUAUCCCUCGGAGGUCCCGUCCCACUAAUGCCUCAAAUGAUGCGUCAAGGAUUGGCGCUUGGUCCACCGGGAGGUGGUAACUUGGCGUUAUUGGGGGGAAAUAUGCUUCGUCCUGGUCCCCCUCAAAUGGGUCUUGGUCCAGUGCAAUGACGUCUCACAAAUUCGAGUUCAACGCACUCGAGAUUUCCUCGUGCGCAAACUGUGUCCGCCCAAGGUAUAAUAGCGAGGCACAUACCUAUACUCAUAUAGACUGUAAUAUUAAUUCUGUUCACACUAAUGUUAGCUAUAUAUCAUUAUCAUUGUCACUUGUUUGGAAACACUACUUUCUCUUUUGUGUGAAUGUAUUGAUUAACUUUCAUUUCAUAAUUGCUGUUUUUUUCGUGUGUGCAUUUAAAUGUUUUUGCAAGUUUCCCAGUAAAAAAAUAGUAUGCGCAAGCUUGCAGAACGAGUGAGAUGCUUCAGCUGCUUUUCGCUGCAGCUAUUGAUGUUCUAAUGAAAAUAGUUUUUUUUUUAAUCAAUGUGACAAUUAGGAAAUAUAAUCGUUUUGGCGCUAUUGAAAAAUUUCAAAACAAAAUUUGGCAGGAAAUUUAUAAUUUUUAUGCUUAAUUAUCCUUACUAAUAAUUAAUUGGGAACAUGUAUCGUAUCAUAUGAAAUACCAUUACCUAAGGCUGCUAUUUAGGAGAAUCUAUAUGUUGGAACAGAUUAAGCCAGACGUGUUGUUUUCUAUUGUUCGUAAUAGUACAUCGCUAACACAUUAUGCAAUAGAAUUGCACAUAUAUUUAUUUAGCAUUUUAUUUACUUUCAUGCUUAAUAUCUAUUGUUCAAAUGUAAAAAAAACAUACACAAGGAAAUAUCAUGACAAUACUAGAGUAACAUUACCAAUAUUUUCAAAUGGCUUAACAAACGAUUUUAUGAACAAAAAAUCCCACAAUAUUAUGUUGAUUGACGUUCUUCGAAGCUUCAUUUUGCUUCAAGCUUAUUUUCAUUUUAUUCGUUUUUGUGUCAUGGUGAGUAUUUUUUCUGAUUAUUUUUUAGUUAUUUUAAAAUCGGGUUACGUAGACAUUCUAGAUUCUGUACAUUUCAUGCGUUUCAUGUGUGCUCUAUCAGUUAUGUAAUGCUUUUGAUAAUUAAUAUCAAGUUCUACUAUUAUUGUGCCUGGUUAGUGUAUAAUUAACUUUCAAAAUCACUGUGCAUGCGUCCAUAGGUAUGUAAAAACGUAAAGCAACACUUGUAUUCUUCUUCUUCUUGGCUUAACGACCUUACAGGUCACGCCGCCCAUUUCUGGCUUACUAGACUUAUUUUAUCACGUAGCCGUAUAGUCAGUCCUUGCUACGGGGGAACGAUUCGGAUGGGAUUUGAACCCGGUCCUGCCGUGUGGACCGGCGCCGUUUAUCACAUGCACCACCGGACCGCCCCCCUGUAGCAACACUUGUGUUAUUAUUAAUUAAUUAUCAUUGCUGCUUACAUGAGAUUUAAAUAAGGAUAUUUAAACAAGCAAAACAAAUUGUUUAACAAAAAAUAAAACCGUCCGUCAAAAGAUGUUUUAAACGGAUAACGGCGAUAAAAAAAAACAAAAAUGACAUAAACCACAAUUGCUAACCUGUAACUGAUGUGUUAAAGAUAUCUGCAUGUAUUAUUAAUUUUUUAUACCAAAUUUAGGCAUACAGUAAAUGAUUAAUUGUAAACUAACAUUGAAAAACAAUCAAAAUCAAUUCAUCGGUCAUAGUUGAAAUGAAAGUUUGUCGAGCAGAAAUAUGAUCGUGAAAAUACCGACUGGUAAUCGUAUCGCUUAAACCUACUAGCAUCACAUUUGUUUUGUCGGUUUUAUUUCUAAGCUAUAUUCGAAGUUAUUACAUUAAAAUCGUGUUUUGCAUGCAGUAUCCUGGUUUGCUAUUAAUUCAUUGCUACUAGUAAUGCGUACCGCCCUCAUAUGGCUGAUGUUGAUGAUUGGAGUACUUCUAAUUGGAAAUGGGAUGAUUCGUAACAAACACAUUAUAUGCCAAGCCGUUUUCGAGAGAACCAUAUCGGAUAUGGGCUGCUAACGAUGUUGGGUUGGUGAAAAAUCAUCCACAGUGCCGACUCCUGUUGUUGUCUCUUUUUCUUUUGCAGGACACCAGUGCAGUACAAUCGAGAAAUGAAAAAUGAAAUAAAAUAUAAUAAAGGGAUGGAUGAUAGUUUCAUACCUGUUACCACUCUUCCCCGUGUCUAAGAUAAGCCUAUAAAAUACUACUAACUCACUUAAAUGUGUAUUCUACUACCCCUUCUGCCAGUAAUAUUGUGUGUAUGUGUGCAUUUGUGUGAGUGUGUUUGAGUGUGUGCGAGUGUCCUAGGUUUGGUUCCUCUAUUGUCGAAAAACUUAUGUUAAGUGUGUUAGUUUUUGGUAUUAUUUCUAGAUGCUUUCGUAUGUUUAGAGAUGUUUGCAAAUAUGCUAUUAUGGUAUUAGGUAUAGUGUACACCUCGUAGCUGUGUACAAUCUUAGACGGACAAUCACUAACAAUUUACAUCUAUUUUUCCACUUUUCAUACAUUUUAUAUGCGUCCUGCACAGUUUGUUAUAAACAGCGUUAUUUCAAUUUUGUUUAUAUGGAUUGUAAUUUUUCAUCACUUAACAAAUCCUAUUCUAUGGAUUGUGUAGCCACUUAGCUGUUUGUGCUGUAUAUGUGUGUAAUGUUGUAACACCUAACCGUAGCUAAUUUGCCUAGUUUCUAAUCCUUAUACACAAAUGUUCUAAACUAAUGUUCAUAAAUUACUAUCUGUGUCAACAUUGUAGUUACGUGUCAAUAAUUUUGCUUUCGUACUUGUAGGGUACUUGAUCAAUGAUUUAAGAAGAGUCGUAAUACAAUCUACCAAAGUUCGUCAUCAGUAUUAUAAUGUACAGUUCUAUGUUUACGUCGCUCAAAAUGGUCGCAUUUCGAUUCAUGCGGUUGGAAAUACUUACAAUCUGGCAGUGGUAAACAAGAACAACUCGAGCAGAUAAGCAAAACCAAUUGUUAUACGUAUCUAUGUUCUGUAUCACUACUUACUACACGUUGUCGUUGCUGUUUUGAAUAUAGAUAUAAUUUUGAUAAUUUAGUUUUUGUAAUAACGUUCACUUACUUUUAUUACUGCUACUAUUGAUAUAAUCGCUACUACUAAUAUUUAUGCUACUACUGCUACUACCAUCACAACCACAAUCAUCACCAUCACCAUUAGCAGCGUCGUUUUGGUUCGGAAUAAAUACAAAUGAAUGAAAUCCCCAAAAAUCAAAUAAUCUAGUUUUACGUUUAAUGGAAAAAGGUGCUUCAUUGAACCAUUUCUAAUACUGUAUGAUGUUUUGCGUUUGCUUCUUUCCGUUGUUUUCUACAUCAAUUAGGUGGAUUAAUAACGCAAAUUCCAACCGUGCCGGGCAUGGGUGUAGUUUUCCCCGGUGCACCGAUGCUACCGAUGAUGCCACCACGAUUCCGGUGAUUGACUCAACCAGCGCUGCUACCACGACUUUCAGUAACGUCACCUCGACCGCUAGUAACGGCGGUGACAUCAGCUACUUUACCACCAUUACUGCAACGGCUUCCAUUAUCAAUAAUAUAUCCAUAAGCGAGUGGUCAAGAUGGUGUUAUCGUAAUUAUUUGGAUUGUGUCAAGCAUAAGUUCCGAUGCUUGUUUCACAUGUUGGCUUGGGCUAACGAAAGACUUCAAUGCUGUCAUAUAUAUGAAAUAGAGCUUAGAGCAACAACUGUGCACAUGAUUUAGCAAUUGACAAUGUUCUACUAAUCGAAAACCCGUUUAUGGAUUAUAAACUAUUUGGUUGUGACAUUGACCAGGUUUUCAUCAUCAAGAGAAUAGCAGCGGUAUGUGGUUUUUAAUUCAUUUUUAUAAUUGUAAAAUGUACAAAACAGAAAAAAGAAAAAAUGUUCCGCGUGUGAACAAAUUUUAAGGCAAUAAUUCUAUAGUAAUCCUGAACUAUUAAACCGCCAGGUAAGGAAGUGGCAUUAUGUAGCAAUGUAGGAAAGGUGAAGUUAAGAAUACGGGACAAUGCCAUGUUGGAAGUAUUCGCAAUGCUCAAACAUGUGAUGUUUAAAUUGAAGAACAUUUAUACACAUCAAAGUAGAGCACUUAACAACCCGACAGCUUAGGGUCAGGAUAGAGAAUGUUAAAAACUACCAUUCUUUGACAUGACAUUGUUAAGGAGAGUAAUAUUUCAUUUAGCUUUGUACAUGUAUUCGUAAUCACCAAAAAUGCAGAAACAAGAGAGAAGCAAAUCGAAUAAUAUUUUGGAUAACACAUGCAUGACGUCUGAAGCAUAAUGCCGACGAUUACACAAAGCAAGGUGCUUUUCCAGUGUUUGGAAUAAUCGUUCCUUGUAGCCGAUGUAUUACUUGUCCUUUCAAUUGUUUGAAUUUGUUUAUGGUGUUUAAAUCGCGACAGCAAUCCUGAGAAUGUAAUUACAUACAUCUUACGAAAGAUACAAUGCCAUGGCGGCUGAUUCAGCAUUCGUAGUGGUUAUUAGCUCAUCGUUUGUUACUGUUGGUGUAGAGUUAAAUUUUCUUAUUCAAACUAACUAAUAUUAGCCUUUUUACACAAUGACGGUAUAACUAAUAUUAACUCCCAUUCGCUUUAUGAAUAUGACACCGAAUCAACCAUCAUUUGUAAUAUUUAGCUGCAGUGUGGUAUGCUUAAAAUCAGGACUAGAAUAGAUUUCUAGUAAUGCGUUUAGAAUUCAUUCUAGCAAUAAUAUUGCCUGUAGUGCCUGAUAAUAUUGUGGCAUUGUUGCUACCAAUCCAAAUAUCCUAACAUUUUCAAAAUGGUGGUUUAAAGGUACGCUAGAUUUGUGUAUAAUUUUCUUCAACAACGACGUAUGGAACAUUUUCAAAGUUUUUGUUUUUAGUAAUUUAAAAUAAUUUACCGUAGAAUUUUUUAAGUCGUUCGUUUUAUUUAUUUUGUACAAAAGCAGUGCGAAAUAUUAAUAACUGUUUUCAUAUAAGUGUUCUGAAAAAAAGAACAACGUAAGCUGCACCGGAAAUUGCUUUUAAUAUCAAUUUUAACGCUAAGUGUGAAGGUUACUUCAUUCAAAUUUUGCUUAUUAGACAUUGACUCUUCCUUCAGUCUUGUGCGAUUGCUCACGGGCAUAUGAGUUUAACUGCUUUCAGGCCCGGUUGCGCUGCAUAAAACUAAAUAAUUUGUCCUUUUUACGGACAAGUCGGUUAACUCCGAUAUUGGUUCACUAUUAAAACGCGUGAUUGAAAAGUUUUUCAUUUGAGGUUUAAUGUUUUCUUCCCCGUGUGUUAUUUGUUAAAUUUGGUUAUGGAAAUGACUAACGAAUAUAUCUUUUUUUGUAAUGUUUCAUUUCUUCUUAUAAUGACACUAUUUUAGUUUAUGAAUUGAUAGUAAAGAGGGCUAAACUUUAGUUUAUUUCAUAUGAAUUGUUUAAUUUUUAACAUUGGGUUUAUAUCAUAAUUACGCGAGGACCAAGACAUUUUUUAUAAUAAUUGUUGCUUAUUUUUUCAUCGCUCCCUAUUUUCCCUUGUUCUAAUGUAUAUAUUUUUGCUAACAAACCAUUAAUAUCAUCCCACCCUUGUUUUUGGGCAACACCAUCGAACAGCAAUGUGUAAUGUACAGUUAAGUAUAAGAAUGGCAAAUCAAGCAUUACGAUACACUGAUGCUAUUAUUACAGUCCUCCCAAGUUUACUUCCAUAUUUGCAGUACGCGUCCACACGGUGCAGUACCAUCAUAUCACGGCCGGCAGACAUUUGUCGGGCUCCAUUUUAUAGUGCAUUACACGACGAUUGUAACGGAAAGAGCCGUACGUACAAGCAAGUAGAGGAGAGAGAAAGUCAUGUGUUAGUAAAUAGUAACAAAUUCGGUGGGUCCGUGGGUCCAUUUCGUCCUGGUUAAUCCCACUAGUUAAAGCUUUACCUUCACUCUCUGUAUUCCUUUCCUGUCUGUAUGUUACUCUACUCGAAAUUCAUUACCAAAAUUCCAAUCGAACCGUGAUCGAGCAGGUGAUUGCUGGGUUCUUAGCAAUCAUAAAGUUGAUGUUGGAUGGACAUUGUUCCGUUCCCACCCUUUGAAUGGUUGGUUGCAUUGUUUCCACCAGUUUCAUGAAGGGUCGGCGACAUUGGUCGGAGCUUUCGGUAUCUUCCAACGAAAUCUGGCCGUGUGUCACAUCAAUUUUGUUGAGUGGAAAGUCCCUUGCCGUUGAACGAUGUGAACAAAGUUUCGCCGAAUGUGCGGUACUUUCAGCAUCGCGGGCAGGCGAAAUUGUGCAAUUUCACAGUUCCUCUUAUAUCCUGUUUCUUAGCAUUAACUCUAUCGUAUGGGAUUAAAAACAGAUGGUGGGUGGUGAUUACACUGUGGUGAUGAGGAUGUAUGGUGUGGUAUUCCGUUAAGAUAAUGCUAGUUGAAAAUAGUUACAAGCUUCAAUAUAUCACUAGAUGUGGCCUUGUAAUGAAGGAUGAUUGAUGGAUGAGUUUCUGAACAAACGACAUGUUUUCUUUCUGUAUGCAAUAGCUGUAAUAGUACUGUUUUCUUGAUCGUGUUUGUCUGAAAUAUUUUUUGUUGGUUGUGAUUUUAAGUUUUCCGCUUCUUUCCCUUCCAUAAGCCAUCCUCCAUUGCUCUUUUCUUCUCGUCUUGUCAUAAUUUGAUAGACGUUCAUGAACAUUACACUGUUGAACAUUUUUGAAAAAUAAGUUAGUAAAGUUGUCAGUACUUGCAAUGAUUUUUUCGGUUUAUACACUCAAUAUAUGCAUACUGGAACUGUUGGACUUUUCAUCCCCUGUUCGUGAUCGACAAUUGGAAUGCUGAUUCAUAAAGUUGCAACAUAUAAGUUUUCUGUAUUUGGGGUUUUGAAGUGUAGUCUAUUGAUCUAUAUGUCUAACUCUCUUUCUCUCUCUUCCUUUCUCUCUUUCACUCUGUCUCUAUCUCUCUCUCUCUCUUUCUCUCUCUCUCUCCAUCAAUCCAUAUCUCGUGUAUGUUCACUUUAUCUGUUUUCCUUUUUUUCUAUUCCAUUCUCAGUGAGUAAUAUGAAACAAUUUGUACGGUUGAACAUAAGUUUUGACGGUGUGUAAAGCACCAGCGGGUUUCUGAUAACCUUCCUGUUACUAUCCGUAAGCAUAUACUUUUUUAUGAGUUUUGCCUAAACCUUUGGUAUAUGUUAGCUGUUGGUAAUUUUAUUAAUUUUUCUUUUGGGUGAUCGUCAGUUCUGGUCGUCUGUUAUUGGUUUUAUUUUAAUUUGCGGCUUUGAUAUGCUUAAGGGGGAAAAACUAAUUGGGAGAGCCUGUAAACAAUUCUACUGUAGGAAGGACAUUGUUUUUGAACUAAUUGGUGGUAUUAUUUUUGUGGUGCAAGUAUGAGUUUGCUAUGAACAAUUCGUCACUUUGCGCUUCCAUUACAUUAGAGAUCAUCCAAUACACAACCCAGUUUGCUCCAUGCUUGAUUAACAGUUCAAGUUCAGUUUUUUCUUUAAGUUUCACCACCUAACUAACAUGAGAUAUUGUUUCCAUAUUUGUUUCGGAAUUGGAAUGGUUGUUACAAACUAAGCAUCGAUUGAUAAUUUCAUUUCACCUGUGCGAUGUGGGCUGUACUGUUCGGUUGUAUUUUUUUCAUGCUUUAACUGUACAAAGCAAUUGUUAAUGUGUAAUAUUCGUGAAAAAAAACAUACAAAAAAACAAGCAAAGAUGCUUGUAAGAUUCUCAAUUAUGCCUAACAAUAUGCACUACAUCAGCUAUGGAUCUAUGUAUUUGUGAAGUACGUAAUGUGUAGCUUAAACAACAUCUAACCGUAGCACGUAUUUAAAUAGAUACCAGUUUCUGCAGCACCCACUAUACAACAGGAGUUUUGCAUUAUGUUUCGAUGUUUUUUUCCGCGAGCAAAGUAGUCACCAUAUCCUAUGUGACAGUAUAUUGGUGAAAAUCAAAAAUGGUGAACAAGCAAUUGAUCUAGUGCUAACCGGUGGAACAUAUACCACGAGUGUUAUCGUAGAAGCAUAUUCACUGAUAGAACUAUUGAACGAAAAGCAACAAAUACUAGUGUGAGAAGCAAUUUUCGACGUAAGUUUUUAGUGUGCAUAUUUAUCGUUUUUCGAUUACAAUCGACGUCUGCAUAGGUUGUAUAUAUAGCAAUUAUGUAUAGUAGAUAUGCAUAAGGAUAUAUAUACACCUACGAGAUUGUGCCACGCUAGGCAAGACAAAGUAUGUUAAUGAUGUUUUCAUUUGUUAAAUGUAUGCGAUAGGCGGUAAAAGAUUUAUUCAUUCAACAAUAUUCAUCUGCGUAGCGUGUCACCUAUGGUAUAAUAAAUGAUUAGGGAUAUGUGAAAAUAAAUGUAUCCGUUGAAACAACAAA